UACACUUCUCGAAGCAGGGGGUUCACGGGGUAACAUCACUAACAUUCACGUGUCAAAUAACCCUUGUCCCGCCCAUCACGCAGUUUUAGCGGAAUUGUUUGCAGUUCAUGCAAACGCAAUAUUUCAGACUAGGAAGUAUUAGCUAGAACACACAGCUUAAAUUUUGCAGGAGCCUAGGCCUACGACUCUGACCUAUGUCUCAUCUCAUAGCCUAACUGCACUUAUUUUUUGUAAUGACGUGCUUAGGCCUAGGCUAUUGUCGAGACUCGUCAAGAUCGGUUGGCUAUUGUAUUAUUAGCUCUUCAAAAGUGAAAGUGAUUCACCCAGUCAGUCAUCAUACAGCAUUCAUUGCUGUUGAAGAGCUAUCCUACACACGGACAUGACUACAAAUUUAGGAAUAAUGCAAGGCCUAGAUGCUGAGGUGACACUGGCAAGUAAACUGUUCAGUUUUCUCUGGGCAAUAGGAAUGAGGACUCCAAUCAUCAAAGGAUUGUUAAUAAAAUUGUCGUCUUUAUAUGGGACAGUGUUGACCAUUUACCUGGAAGUGACAGCUGGGAUCAAAGUGUUCACUGUCCUCACUGGGAACACUCUGGGCUCCCAUGAGAGGUUCAGGAACUGUCUCGCCACUCAGUUGACCCUGACGGAAGUGCCUUCAGUCGAGGACUGUGAUGUCAUCCUGGCUUACUGUCCAAUCGUUUCUCGAGUCGGAACUGACAUUGGGGCAGCACUAUCGGUUAUUCCAGAUUGCCGACCUGCAGUCCUAAUGGUGUUUCACCACACCAAUGACAAAUAUUACAUUGUACCAAACACCAACCGAUUUACUCAAGACAGGGGUAUAUCCACAAUUGACUGCUUGUUCAAUGAUGAUGGACUAUUAAAAGCCCCCCAAAAUAAUGAGGCUUUUAGACUUGCAGUAAAACAUUUGAAACUAUUUCAUAAGGGCCGGCUUCUCCGACUUUUAACCGUCCUUCAGCGCUGGGUAGGCUACAUGCCUUCAGAAGAUCAUUAAUUAUUGGACUUCCACAUGGAUUUCAACUGGGACAUAGUAGUGCUGGGCGGUAUACCGGUUCACACCGUAUACCGGUGUAUAUUUUCGUUAUGAUAUGAAUUU